AUGUCUGUUGCCGAUGUCUACAAGGAAUUCCCUGAAACCAUGUGGAGCGUUUUCGGGGACUCCGUUGAGACUCUUAGAAACAAGGACCGUGAGCCGAAUCAGAAUAGAUGGAGCACCGACGCAGACUUCGACAGUGGCUUCGCCGAGUCCAUUGCGUUUGACAAGAACCUCUACAAGUAUGUGAUUUUGGGCUGCAAGACCAACGUGGAUAAAAUCAUGAAUGGGGGUGCCAUAUCUGCUUGCGACAGAGAUAAAAUUGUCCAUUGUCUUGAAAGUAUAGAAGGUGACAUUGAGACAGGAAAGUUUGAGUGGAAAUAUUGUGCGGAUGUAUAUACAAACAUUGUGGAAGCACUUGCUGAUAAGCUUGGGGAUAUACCAAAGGAUCUUGUCAUAACUAAUAGAUAUGACAUUUGCCUCGUGAUCUUGGAAAUGUGGUGCAAGAGCUACAUCGAUCAAAUUACGACACAGAUAAAGCAACUUCAGGUUGCUCUUGUUCUCUUCGCUCUAAGAAUUGAUUGUUUGGUACAUCAUCGUUGUAGACAACGUCCGAACAACACGUUGCUGGAGAGUCUUGUUCUACCAAAUCUUAAAAAGCUAGAGCAUGAUGCAUCAGAUCUUCGUGCCUUCCUUGGUUUCAUUUAUUCAUCAAGUGAUGGUGUCAUUGAUCUCAGGAACAGAUUUCCAGAGGAUUUUUCGCUUUCCAAACGUUCUACCAUCGCUGAAUUUGCAAGAUCAAUCAACUAUUGCAUUCACGACCAUCUUGUACAAUUACUUAAUAAGUUUGCUACAUCGAUAAAAUUGAUAUCAAUCAGACCACAUGGUGAAGUAGUAGAGUAUUGGGAUAUGCUCCAGAAAAUUACUAUAGGUGAACAAAUGCGGGAACGGGAACACAGACACUUGGCUUUGUCAAAAUGUCUAAACAUUGGAGUCGGUGAAUUACCUAAAGAUUGUGAAAUCCAGGAUGCGAAGUACCAUUUGUUUUCUAGUGUCAAAGUAGUGAUGGAAAUGAUCAACCUCUCCAUACAAUGUGUGGAAAAUAUGUCCAUCGAUCUGAAGAAGAUUCAAAUUCACCAUCCAAGACGCUACGAUGUUGUUAUGGGGUUUGCACAUUUCCUCACUAGCAAGGGAAUUGCUUUGGAAACUGCAUACGCCGUGGUCCACUUGUGCCUGGAGAAACGAUGCCAACCUUCGAAGCUCACUCUGGAGGAACUGGCACAUAUUGAUUUCCCCUGCGAGCGCGCUCAUGUCCUGUUGGAUGAUAAGGAGAGUGUCUUUGGCAAGUUCACCUGCCAAGAUCUGGAUUCAUGCAUGAAGCUGAUCAAAUGGUGCUGCAAGCUUGGCAUCAGUCCGGAAACUAUAUUCGAAAGAUACAUUAUUUAUUUUUAGUCC